ACAGAAGCGCGAACCGAACAGGCAACAGGUCAGAUGGACUAGACCUGCGCGAUUAAAGGAAUGUGGUGUUACUAAGCACAAGCCUGUAAAAUUACAGGAAAAUAACUUAUUUUAUUACCUUGGACUUGAGAAACUUUCAUCUUUACAAUGCCAAAGAGUGACACAUGGCCCGGUGGUGUCACCAUAGAGACGAUCACUGGCAUGGACAGUGCGGGCAGCUGUGACAGUGUUUUCAGUAUGAACUCUGGAUUUAGUGACAAUAGCCUCAAGCACCUGUCUGCUGAGGAGAGGGCAUGUCUCAUGUUCUUGGAGGAGACCAUAGAGUCCCUAGAGACUGAGGAGGACAAUGGACUGUCCAAUGAUGAGCCUGACUGCCUGCCCACCACCGGCAACGUGGCCACCAAGAUGGCCCACCUGUCUGCCUCCAUGGGCCAAAACAAGCUCAACAAUGUAUCAAAAUAUCCCAGUGAUGAGUACGGUUACCUGGUUCCUACUCCGUUCAUCCUGGCCAACAGCACCUCCUGCAUCCUGUCCAAGCCCAGGCCAGGAAUACCCCCAAAUAAUGAGAACUCUCACCCAAAGCCCCAGGUCAUUGCCUUGGACAACACGCCAUCUCAGAGCCAUCACCCUUGUGUACCCCCUGAGGUCAAUGUUGUGGUGAUACCCCCUCCAUCAAAGCCCAAAGACUACCCUUGUCAGAGACCACCCCCUUCACCCAGGGGCCCUCUGUCCUAUGAGGCCCUAGUGCAGCUGAGGAAGAGUGCGUCCAUGAAGAGACCCCUUCAAAGUGCCACAGCUGAGACCAGAGACUGGAACAGGCAGCCCUCUUCAUCAGCCGUUCCCAUUGACCUGCACGAUGGGAGCACACCUAGAGACCCGUCAGUCACCCCAGCCCAGGUCACACUCCCCCAAGAGCCCAGCAAGCAGAAUGGCAGUCCUCCAGUAGUGUUCCCAAAACCCCCCAAAAUACCCUCCCACAUUGCCCUGAAUACCCAAAAGGUUACAGCCAACCCCACCACAGACUCCAGUGCCCCUUCCUUGAGCUCAUCACCCACUGACAGGCAUUUGUCGGACUCCCAAAAGGUGCGAAAAGAGGCCCUGCAGAAGCUGGGGCUCCUGAGAGACAAUAAUGAGUCCCAACCUAACUCUGUUAUGCCACUGUGCUCCUCCAAAUUUCACUCCACCUGUGACCCAACUUCAGCCAGUGUGGGAGUUAAAGCUCAACCCCACGGUAACUCAACAAGAAGCCAGCCCUCAUCCACCUCCCAAGGACCCAGAGAACCUAGCAGCAGGCCGGUACAAAGCAGCAGCUUCCUACAUCGCUCUAGGAGUGAGGAGCAGCCCCCCAUACCGCCCUCACACCUGACCAAACCCAGUGGGGUCAAAGCUGUCACCCUAGAGCGUUCUGAGGUGGGGCUUGGGACCUACGUGGCCGACCACCGGAAACCUCCCCAGGGUGGACGUUGCACCCCACCUGCUCCCACCAAAGCCCCAGAGCAGGAGAAAACAACCCUCGCUGCCCAGCCAGUGUCCACCCACAAGACCCCGCACUGCCCGGGCUUCAGUGUGGUGAUGGUGCCCAGCAUGGGAGAAGACAGACGAGAGGCUCUUAGGAAGCUGGGGCUGCUGAAAGACUAGGCCUGGAGAGAAGGUAUCUCUUCCCAGUGGUUGAAUGGAUACAUAAAAGGGGUAUCAAAUGGAACAGACUUCCACCACCGUAGGCAGAGAAGCAGCAUAAAGAGGGAAUUGAAUGGAUUUCUGUAAAUAUUUUUUAGCACUGAACGUGCUGGUUUAUCAGGAAAAUACCUUCUUUCUUCCUUUUCUGUCUGUAAAACCUCUUACUGCAGUUUAGUUUUCAUGUCAGUUGUUUGUUAACAUGAUAUUUGCAAAUUGUUUUUAAAGGAUUUUGCUGUUACAGAAUCAGUCACUGCACACUUAUACAGUAGAUCAGAGGAAUGAAUGCAACGGGCUUAUUCAGAGAGGUUGGGUUAAAUGCGGAAGACACAUUUCAGUUGAAUGCAUUCAGUUGUACAACUGACUGGGUAUUCCCUUUUCCUAUUCAUCAUAUUUUUGGUAUAAUUGCUGUGUAACAGACUGCGUUCAUGGUAUGCUUGAGAUGAGAACAUGUAUUUGACCAUACAUAUUUUGUCUUCUCUAAUGCAUAUUUGUUUUUGGUCCAUAUCUCUAAAGGCCAUACAUGCAAUUGUGUUAGGGCCCACUGUACCUUUGAGAGGACAUUCUGGGCUUUUCAAUGAUAUUACUUGUGGGGGUGUGACUUGAUUUUUUUUUCUGCCUGGUUCUUCAAAAAUGGCAACCAUCACAAUUAGCACAUUUUAUAGUAAGGGUAGCAUUUUUGUGAUUUUGAUAUUCAAAUAGUUUCUAAUAGGUAAAUUUCUUCACAUUAAAUAAGAUAUUGUUAAUAAAGUGGACGUCAAGAUGUGCUGUUUUUCA